GCAACGAGAAUGAAUUCUGAGAAAAAGAUGUUAAUUGCGAAAGCAUUGGCUUUGAGAAGCCAAAUAAAUAUCCUGCUCAUCGACAAUUCUUCAAGAGAACUAUUGGAAUGUCUUACUACUCAGCACCAUGCCUUGACAAAAGAGAUAGCCGAGUUAAAGAAACAAUAUCUAAUCGUAUUAGAUUUAAUAAAGGACACUGGGAUGCCGAUUAAUUCAUGUUGGACAAAACAACGUAAGAAUCAGUUUUGGGAACACGAUUGCCAACGAAACGGUUGUGCUUUUUUUAAAGAGAACUUUCACAUGAACCGAAGUUCCUUUGAUAAAUUAUGUGACAUCCUCCGCCCGUUACAAAAAUGGAUACAAAUUACCGAAAAGCUAUUCUAUCGAGAAAAGAGUGGCUAUAACAUUAUUUGCUUUAGGGUCAUCUGCAGAGUAUCGUAG